CUAUUUGAUCUUUCUCCUCAUUUCUAUCCAAAAUCAAUAUUAUAAACAAAUCAGGUUUCAGAUAUGGAAGAAACUGUGUUCACAUCUGCCAUAGAAGGAAUGAAGCUUAUGAAGUCUGAUCAUGAUGAAAUCUUGACUAAACCAUUCUUGGAUGUCUGCAAAAUGUUGCUGCCGAUUCUAGAUAAGUUUGGAGCUGCCAUGGCUGUGGUGAAAUCAGAUAUAAAUGGAAAUAUCACGAGAUUGGAUUCUAAGUAUACAGAAAAUCCAACUAGAUUCAACUACCUAUAUGCUCUGGUACAAGCCGAAGUUGAAACAAAAACAGCAAAGAAUUCAUCAAGUUGCACAAACGGGCUUCUUUGGUUGACAAGAGCAAUGGAUUUCUUGGUGGAGCUUUUCCGUAACUUAUACCAACAUCAAGACUGGACAAUGCAACAAGCUUGCAACGACUCAUACGGCAAGACUUUGAAGAAAUGGCAUGGUUGGAUAGCAAGUUCAAGUUUUACGGUUGCCAUCAAGCUGGUUCCUGAUAGAAAGAAGUUCAUGGAAGUCAUAGCAAGCAAGGGAGACACGUAUGCGGAUAUGGACAGAUUUUGUGAAUCGUUUGCACCGGUUCUGGCUCAAAUUCAUAAGUUCCUACAUUCAUGUGGCGUGGAUUCUAUGAAGGCGGCAUGAUAGAAGAAACAUUUAAGGAAGUUUUUAUGUCAACUUAUUGGUCCAUUGCGUUACAUCUUUUGUUCGCAUCAUCGUUUUUGACAAGAUUUUGUUGGGCAAUAUUUUUAAACUUCUAUUAAAUUUAUUAUUUCAUUAGAGAUUUAU